AGGCGACCAGCGGCGGCCAGCCACGGCGCCGCUGCCGCCCUCGGUGCGCUCAGCGUCGUCCGGCCCUGGCGGGAAGGGCGACCGGCUGUCCGUGGCGUACCACUGGAAGCCAGUGCAGGCGCGCGAGGUCAAGGGCAGCAACCACAUUGAACACACCACAGGCACGUACGUGGACACCCUGUCCAUGAGCGUGAAGAGCAAGACGUUCGCGGGCGCUCCUUCGCACAUGCUGCGCGUGGAGAUUAACGACUUCAGGGUGCAGGAGAGGCCCUGGUGCUACGUCGUCGGCGGCAGCUUCGUGUGCUGCAAGGGGGUGCU